GUACAUCGUUCCCUGCCGGACCCUCAGAGUGUAACACCGAGCGGUGAGAGUAGCGGGUAAGUCCAAAUAAAAUCACCACUAACGGAGCGACGAUGUCUUCGGUUCAGCAUCUGAAAGAGUUCAUCUCCCAGCGACUGACCGCUGCUGCUGUGGAAAUAUUCGGAGCCUUUGAACAAACCAUCGUCGAGUACGAAGAAGAGCUCGACCGUCAGCGCAGACUGUUGGACGCUGUGUUAAGACCUGAGAUCAAACUACACAGGAUAGAGAUUCCAGAUGUGUGUGAGGAAGAUGAGGAGGUUCCCACUCACCUGCAGAUCUGUCAUCACGCGAAGAAAACCAGUCAGAAUGAAAAUGAUCCAAAUUCUCUACAAAUCAAAGAGGAACACGAGGAACCACACACCAGUGAGGAAGGGGAGACGCUUGUUCUGAAGCAGGAGACCGAUAAUGUGAUGAGUUCAGCAUACGAGGACAAUGCAGCAGUAGCAAAUGGUGACAGUCAGCUCCUCUCUCACAACUCUCUUGUCACCCUCCAUGUAGACAACUCUGCUAUGACAAAGAGUCCAACAGAUGAAAAUACUUUUAAAUGCACUACUUGUAGUAGAACCUUUAAGGCUAAGUAUGCAUUACAGAUCCAUGUGAAAACCCACACGAAGCAACAUCCAAUAUGUAACACAUGUGGAAAGAAAUUCCGUUAUUUAUCACAGUUAAAAACACAUGAGAGUGUCCACACAGGUGAGAAGCCAUUCCUUUGCAAAACCUGCGGGAAACGAUUUAGACUAAAAGCAAGCAUGAUAUCUCAUCUGAGGAUUCACACAGGUGAGAAGCCAUUCACGUGUAAAACCUGCAGAAAACGAUUUAGAAUAAAACUCCAACUGGAGGCUCAUCUAAGGAUUCACACAGGUGAGAAGCCAUUCGCCUGUAAAACCUGUGGGAAACGAUUUACACAUGAUUCAUCUUUAAGAGUUCAUUUGAGAAUUCACACAGGUGAGAAGCCAUUCAUCUGCAAAACCUGCGGAAAACAGUUUAGAGAAAAGUCACAUCUAAUAUCUCAUCUGAGGAUUCACACAGAUGAGAAGCCAUUCCUCUGCAAAACCUGUGGGAAACGAUAUGGACUGAAAAUCAAUCUGAAAGCUCAUCUAAGGAUUCACACAGGUGAGAAGCCAUUCCUCUGCAAAAUCUGCGGGAAACAAUUUAGACUGAAACACGGUCUGGAAGCUCAUCUAAGGGUUCACACAGGUGAGAAGCCAUUUCUCUGUAAAACCUGUGGGAAAAGGUUCAGAGAAAAGUCACAUCUAACAUGUCAUCUGAGGAUUCACACAGGUGAGAAGCCACAUGCAUGCAAAAGAUGUGGGAAACACUACAGUAGUAGCAACAACUUGAGAGUCCACAUGAGAAAAGUUCACACAGGUGAGAGACCAUACCUUUGCAAUGUCUGCGACAAAGGCUUCUUUGAGUUCAGGACUUUGAAGCAACACAUGAUGGUGCACACAGGUGAAAGUCCUAUUCCUGUGAAGCAUGAGGAUAAAGCUUUACAGGUGGUAAAGCCUUGUUGAACCACAUGAGGUCUCACACAGUUCUGUGUGGGACUGUGCAAAAGCUCAAAAAUGGAACGGCAGCAUUUAAGUUAAAGUUAUGUGUAUGAGGCAGAUUGUCUUUUUUUAAUUGCCUAAUAAUAAAAUGAAUGAGAUCCAUGUGUA